AUGGCCUACAAUAAUCAGCACCCCAACGGUGCUCCCUACGGAGAGGAGUUCUCACCGACCGGCGUCUACGACGAGAAGAUCCACACCGUUGAGUCUGAGAAGGGCGGCUUCCACAGCGAGAAGGACCUCGAGGCCGGCGCGUCAAGACCGGCCCACUACCGCGGCAAGACCAACGAGUACACUGUCGAGAUCGCCCCCGCCGGUCAGGAGAAGCACGUCCACGAUGCCGUCUUCGGUGACAUGGAGAACGGCCCCAACUACCGUGCUGUCGGUCGAGGUGGUGCCUACGUGCUCAUGACCAAGGCCAACAUUGGUCUCGGUGUGCUUUCCAUUCCCUUCGUUUUCAUGGAGGUCGGCAUGGUUCCCGGUGUCAUCCUCCUCCUCAUUCUUGCUCUGAUUGUUAUGUGUGAGUUGGCUUACGCUUCCCUCUUGGAAGCAUUUUUGCGCUUCGGCGAGGGAGGGGGCGCAGAACGCCUCGUUUUCGGUUCAUUGGCUGACGACACAGACUGCGCCUGCCAGAUUGGUGACUUCAAGAUGAACCACCCUGAGACCUACAACGUCUCUGAUGCUGGCCGAAUUGUCGGCGGAGUUAUCGGCGAGUGGUACUUCUCCAUUGCUUUCGUUCUUUUCAUGAUCUUCGUCUCGGCUUCGGGUAUCGUCGGUGUCUCGACGGCGCUCAACGCCGUCGCCGCUGAGCACCGUAUCUGUACCGCUGCCUUCGUCGCCAUUGCCGCUGUUUGUGGCUUCCUCAUGUGCUCCAUCCGUACGCUCGGCAAGAUCUCGUGGCUUGGAUGGGUCGGUCUCAUCUCCAUCAUGGCCGCCAUUCUCACCCUCACCAUCGCCGUCGGUGUCCAGGACCGCCCUGCCAAGGCCAUUGAGCAGGGCUACGUGACCGGCCCCUGGCCCAAGGACCUCAAGAUCACCAACGCCGCCACCCUUGCCCAGGCCAUGACCGCCAUCAACUCGAUCCUCUUCGCCUACGCUGCCACCCCCACCUACUUCGGUAUCGUCUCUGAGAUGCGCGACCCCCGUGUCUACAAGUCGACCAUGUGCUUCUCCAUGAUCUGCCUGUGGGCCGUCUACUCGACCAUCGGCAUUGUCGUCUACUACUACUGUGGCCAGUUCGUCUCCUCGCCUGCUCUCGGCUCGGCCGGUGGAACCAUGAAGCGCAUCUGCUACGGUAUCGCCAUUCCUGCGCUGCUUGUCACGCUCUGCAUCUACUCGCACCUGGCUGCCAAGUUCUUCUUCGUGCGCAUCCUCAAGGGUUCGAAGCACCUCACCGACGGUGGCAAGGUCCACUGGAUCACCUGGCUCUCGUGCUGCGCCGGUGCCGUCAUCAUCGAGUACAUCAUUGCCUCUGCCAUCCCCAUCUUCGGUAACCUCAUUUCGCUCAUUGGAGCUCUCAUCGGCCCCUCGGUCACCAUCAUUCCCUACACUCUCAUGUGGUGGAACGACAAGUGGCGCUACGAGUCGCCCAUGGACCGCACGAUGUGGGUCAAGAUCCGCUUCCUGUGGAACAUCCUCCUCUUCAUCAUUGGUCUCUACAUCACCGGUGCCGGUACCUACGCCGCCAUUGUUACUAUCAUUGACGACCCCAACCGCACCUCGCCCUGGUCGUGCGCCGACAACAGUGUCUAA